AUGGACAUCGAGUUAUUGCUUUCAGAAUGGGAACCUGACGGGAACGAUCUCCACGGGCCACAAGGAGAUGAAAACGACAGCGAAGAUGAAAGCAAAGGCGACGAUGUUGAAUGCGUCGGUAGGGAUGAUGGCACAGCCGGCGGCACGAUGAUCGGGCCUCGAGUCGACCCAGACAUUUUCUGA